AUGGCAAGUUUCAUCAAGUUAUGGGUUUGCCUUAUAUUGCUUCUACUCGAGCUCUCGGUGCAUCAAUGCCGGCCACUGGUUAGAGAAGAGAGGCCUUCAGAUUCGGGGAACAUAAGAAAGAUGAUGAGAUCUAAAGGCAACGAAACAGUCCUAGGCCAUACCCUUGAUUCAAAGCGACUUAGCCCGGGUGGACCGGACCCUAGACAUCACUAAAAACCUGUGUAAUUGGUAUAUCCUUUGGUGAGGUUUUCAAGCUUGUAACGUCAAUAGAGGCUUUGCAUAUGGGUUCUGUGGUGUAACCCUAAGGUUACCAUCUUAUUAACAUUGACAUCAAAUUAUCUUGAAUUAGAAUGUAUGUGUGUUCAUCUAAACCAAGCGUACUAGAUAUUGUGCUUCUUUUAAU